GCAUUCGCGGAUAAUUUCAUAGAGGUCAUUCUCAUGGAAGGGUUUGUUCACCCAGAAGCUGACAUCCUUGAUACAUGGCGGGUAUUUUGAGUAUGGAACGAACUUGCUGAUCUUCCCUGACUCAAAUUGUGAGAGAAAGCGUGCGUCUGUUGACCAAAACAGUCUGAUAUCCGGUAUACCGAAGAGGACCAUUGCUAUUCUCUCUAAACCAAGUCCGAAAGCCCAGCCGCUUUUAUGUCCCAUGCCAGCACGUUCGAGUGUGCGCUGUUGCAUGACACCACAUCCGAGAAGCUCCAACCACUUGCCUUCCCAGAGUACUUCAAGUUCAUAAGAAGGACCAGUCCAAGGGAAGUAGGCUUCGAUCCAUCUCACUUUGAGUGGUUCGGCGUCGACAUUCUGAGCAUGCUUGAAUAAAUUGUAUACGAGUAAGUUGAGUGUCAUUUUUAAGUGCUUUACGAUCAAACCAGAAACUUCUGGUCUCUGUGAUAGUUGAUAUGGGUUGUUUGGAUUGUUAUUGACGGUAACAUCCUCUGUUAUGACGUUGGUAUGUGCCAGUGCUUUCUCUAAAAGAUGCAAUUCCUCUUCGAUUGCCUUUUCGACGUUCUUAGUAGUAUCAUCCCAAACACAAGCACCCUCCAUUUGAUGAAAAACAGGAUAGUGAGAGCUGUCAAUCUCGUCUCUCCUGUAUACAUCUGCCGUGAGGAUCCAUUUGUCUGUACCUUUUUUGAAGACAUCGCACUCGUGUGCAGAAGUGUGAGUACGCAACAUAGUAGUUUUGUUGAGAUAGUAGGAAUCUGAUAAACUUCUCCCUGGGUGGUCUUCUGGGAAUUCCAACUCGUCGAAAUUCUUGUAAGUAGAAACAAUCGGCGAAGGUGCGGUCAAAUGUUGGUAAUUAUUGAGUUGCUGAUGCAAUUGUCGCUCUGUGAGAGCGAGAAUAGACGACGGUGCGUUUGUGAACUCAUCCCGACUGUAAGAUUGGCCGUUUAUGAGGGUAGAUUGAUAGCGGAGGGAUAGAUUUACAGAUAAUUUACUCGAUUUUGAUAUUCUAGCAAUCUGUGAUCUCAGUAUCAUCAUGGUCGUACGCUAAAAAGCUUCUCUCACAUAAACAAUCAUCUGGGGACUGAAAUGUCGACUGGAUCAUCACCGCUAUCUGAACCACCAGUAAGAUCGUCUACACCAGGCCAAGAAUCUGAAGCCUCGAGUUUGUUGAGCGCAUCAGAGGAUGAAAUGGACGUAGAUACAGCAAAAACUACUAAGAAGAGACCUCGAGUCGUAGGAUCGAGUGAUAACGAAGAAGAAGAAGAUGAGAGAGGUACUUCAAAAUCUACUGGAAAUACCAACAUCCCACUUCAACCGAAAGUAAGGACGACGGAGACUUCGCAAGCUAAAAACAGUAAAGUCAAAGUAUCGACAUCUACGAAAUUUGCGUCGAAGGAGCCUCAAAGGGCGGAAGAACAGCCUAAGAAAGAGGUAGAUCAGGCGAAGAAGCUGCCAGAUAUAGUACAAGAGCGGAAAGAAAGACAGGCACAAGUCGACAGACAACAGAAAGAGAAGGAACGACAGCAAAGGAAGGAGAAAGAGAAAGCUGAUUCAUCUGCACGCGCGAAGGCUGAUCGCGCAGAGCGUAAUGAAAUCUCUAAGGGUAGCACCGGGAAGACUUCCCAAGAUACCCAAGAACACAGCGUUAGCGAGGCAGGUACACCAACUUCUAAGCAGAAAUCAGAUGCUCCCAUGAUGAAAACAGACUCAUCAAAUGCAGAUGGUCAGCAAAAGUCGUCACCAGCUGUACCACCGGCGUCCUUAAAUACUAAGAAGGACAUGCCAAGUUUCAAGAAGAUGAAACCGUCACCCUCCACAUCCGGUGCAACCACACCCAGAAAGCCACAGCCAAAGGGUCCAAUGGAUAUCGGUGCCUUGUUUAACAUGACUGAGAAAGCUACGGAUGUCAAAGGUACCCUUGCGGCUAGGAAAGAAAAAGACGAGAAAGCUAAAGCUGAAGAGAAGGAAAUAAGGAAGAAGAAGGAGGAAUACUUAAAAAGCCUCGAUAUUACGCUUGAAGAUAGCUCGAUACAUAGCUUCAUGGAUGAUAGGGAUACGAUGACAGAUUGGGAGAAAAGCCUCAACCAUAAGUCAAUCCCAUAUCCAUUUCCAAACAACCUUGGUAUGUACUCCAUCGACUGGAUCAAGCACGGUCCUGCCGAUUUUAGCGUGGAUGCAAUCAAAAGGUUCAAUAAAGAAAGUCCAAUAUAAUACCACCGCAUUAGUCAUUAUGUACACUAUCUUGUAUACAUC